AUGGCCCCAGUUCCAUUUGACUGGGACACUGAGAUACACACAGCAGAGGCCACGGGAGACAUUCUGCAAUGUACUUCCCCCACUGGAGCCCAAGGGUACAUUCAUUUCACCAAUAUCAUCGGAGUUCUGCCCUCUACGUCUUUGUCCGGAUACCAGGUGCUAUUCCUUGUGAACCCGGGUCAAAAUGACGAGGGGCUCGGGUACUUGGAAAAAACAGAUAUUCCGUUCCUGCCCCCUUCACUGUCACCCUUCGUAGUGAAACUUCCAGACCAUCUACGACACUCCGAGCCAGUGCAGGUCAUCAUAUCUACCCUGUCGGGGACGGGAUCAGCCCAAACAGUGUUUCGAGAUAUCAUAGAGCCCUUUCUCUCCCUUCUAGGCAUCAAUCACCAGGCUCACGAAACACAGUCCACUCAGACUAUCAGCGAGCUUUCCCGAUCUCAGUUCCUGGAGCGCGCCUGCGCAGGAACCCCUCAGACCAUUAUCCUCCUUUCAGGUGAUGGGGGCCUUGUUGACAUUCUCGAUGUUUUCUAUAAAUCUACCCAAUCCGUUCAAAGGCCCCCACAGAUUGCCCUCGUCCCUUGUGGAACUGGCAAUGCCAUGGCGAGCUCUAUUGGGCUACGAUCUGGUCCAGCCUCAAGCCUCGUGGCAUUGCUUCGUGGUGGACCAUCGCCCGUACCGAUCUUUGCGGCGACGUUGUCUCCCGGAAGUCAACUCGUCAUUAACGAGGGGCUCCAGAGACUACCUAUAAGUCCUGAGCCCGCUGCAUCCCAUCAAACCAUCUAUGGUGCUGUCGUGGCCAGUUGGGGACUACAUGCAGCAUUAGUUGCCGACAGCGACACAGUGGAAUAUCGCAAGUUCGGGUCAGAGAGGUUCAAGAUGGCAGCCAAAGAACUUUUGUACCCGUCUGACGGCACGGCGCCUCAUCGAUUUCAAGGCAAGAUCACCUAUCUGACGACAGAUGGACAGGAAAAAACAACUGAGAGUGACGAACAUAUGUAUGUUCUGGCUAGUCUCGUUCCUCGACUGGAGAAAGACUUUCUCAUUUCCCCGGAUUCGGAGCCACUGGGGGAACAAAUGCGGUUCUUACACUUCGGCCCUCUCCCCGCGGAAGAAGCAAUGCGCCUCAUGACCCUGGCCUACCAAGGAGGCCAGCAUGUGCAGGAGGCAACAGUCACCUAUACCGCCGUUGAACAACUACGAAUCGAGUUCCAGGAAGACUUAGAACGAUGGAGACGAGUGUGCAUUGACGGCAAAAUUGUCGUGAUAGAGAAAGGCGGAUGGCUAGAGUUGCGUAAAGAGCCCCGGCAGCUUCUCCAGAUCAUUAAACCAUGA